AUGGCCGCACCUGUACCUCUGGAUCGGCUCCCUCCCACCACAACCGCCUACGUGAUUGCGACCGCUAUUCUCGCCGGCGUGACAGGCUACUUCAUCGGCCAAGGUUCCUCACUGCACCUGUUCAAAGAAAAGCAAGGAUGGCCAAACGGCUACGACGUCAAAGUCCACCGGGACUCUUCUGACGAGGAAUUCGAAGAGGAAUCCGAAGCCGAGGAUAGCGAGGAUGAGGGAAAUGGGGAGGAACUGGCCGACUUCAAGGAGAAUGCGGAAGAAGUGAAGCUUGUACUGGUUGUUCGAACUGAUCUGGGCAUGACCAAGGGCAAAAUUGCCGCCCAAGCCUCUCAUGCCACGCUCGCCUGUUACAAGUACUUUAUUACGCAUGCGCCCGAUUCCCCGAUUCUCCGCCAAUGGGAGCGUAUGGGACAAGCGAAGAUCGCAUUGCAGAUUAAGGGUGAAGAUGAGCUGUUGACCCUGCAAGCGCAAGCCAUGAGCCUGGGUCUUUGCGCGCGCGUGAUUCAGGAUGCCGGUCGCACGCAGAUUGCUAGUGGGAGUCGGACAGUCUUGGGUAUUUUAGGUCCUAAGAGUGUUGUGGACGGCGUGACGGGGCAUUUGAAGUUGCUGUAA